GAAAACAGUAGUUUGUGAUGUAAGGAAGCACGAUUUGGGGUGUGUGAUUUUUAUAAAAUAAAAAGACCCUCAAACUCGGUUCCAAUUGCCUUCUCUUUUCUUUGUUAUGCUUUGAGUUUCUCACAGAGAUAUAACAGCACAAACAAACACUGUCUUUCAUCUUCUCUUGUUGUAGAAAGUCACAGGGAUGCAAGGAAUAGAAGGAGGAUUUGUGAGUUCAAACGAGGUAGAGCUGAGUCCCACUAUGAGUAACUCGUCCUCACUGUCCAUGGAGCUAGACGAGUCUACGGAGACCAGGAUCCAACGCCUCAUAUCGGAGCAUCCGGUCAUCAUCUUCACCCGAUCCUCCUGCUGCAUGUGUCAUGUCAUGAAGAACCUCUUAGCCACCAUCGGCGUUCAUCCCACCGUCAUCGAAUUAGAUGAUAAUGAGAUCGCCGCUCUUCCCCUCCCACACACCAUCGCCCCUGCAGCAUUUAUCGGCGGCACCUGCAUCGGUGGCCUUGAAUCCCUUGUCGCCCUCCAUGUCACCGGCCACCUCAUUCCUAAACUCGUCCAAGUCGGCGCUCUCUGGGUAUGACACAACCCAACCUACCUCUCACGCAAUCAACCACUAUAUAUCACCUAUCCAUAUUCCUACACUACAUUCCAUUGUCUCAUUCCUCUCUCUUUAUAUUUCUCUCCUUAAUUAAUCUUUAUAUAUGUUAUGAUAUGCAAUUGCUAGUUAGUACCUAGUAUUAUUAUUAUUAGUAUUAGUUUUAAAACCAAGAAACAUGGCUAAUUGUAUAAUUUAGGGUUGUGAAAUGAAAUCUCAAUUUGUGUUUGAGUGUUCUUAAUGAAACUUUUGCUUUGACUUGCGGUGUGGUGGAUUCUAAGGCAAAAAAAAAAUUGUACAGAAAGACAUUGAUGGACAUGGCAUCGGGUGAUAAUAACAAUAACAUUAAUUUGUCUUGAAUGCGUUAUCCAAUAAAUUGAUCGGGUCCGUAGAUUGGUCCCAUUGACAAUUAUGAAACAAUCGGGACCGUAGAUGGAGCGGUGACUUUGUCAGUUUGCUUCGGGAAUCCUAAGCUUAUCUGUUUGUCGAUCUCUUCUUCCUUUUACCUUACAUGUAAAUUUAUUAGUUUCCAGGUUGAAAUCAUGGCAGUUUGUUUUUAUAUACCUAGUAUGCUUUUAUCUUUGUUCA